AUGAAGGCAAGCAUCGUCGGUGCCCUUGGUGCCGUGAUCGCCGCCGCGUGCGUUUCCGCCGUGCCAUCGCCCGUCGACCCAUUUGACCUGGGCUCGGCAAGCCACGCUCUCUACCCGAGGAUGAGCGCUGGCCAGUCUGGCGACGGCAGCAACAAUGACAAGAGCAAGUGCCCCAGCUCGAACGGAACCGCAGUGUCAGGCUACCAGUACGCUCCGUACUCGGAGCCCGUGCGACCGCAAAUUCACUUUUCUCCCACCGUCAACUUCAUGAACGACCCCAACGGUCUCGUCUACAGCAACGGCACCUGGCACUUGUUUUACCAAUACAACCCCACGCAGAACGUUGCUGGAAACCAGCACUGGGGCCACGCCAUCUCCACCGACCUCUAUCACUGGGAGAAUCUGCCGAUCGCCAUCGCUCCUGAGAAGGAGGGCGAAGGCAUCUUCAGUGGUAAUGCCGUCAUCGACUUUGAAAACACCUCGGGCUUUUUCAACGAGUCGACGCCCAAGGACCAGCGCAUCGUGGCAUUCUACACGCUCAACACCGCCACCUCGCAGACACAGCAUGUGGCCUAUUCUUCGGAUGGCGUCACCUUCACCAAGUACGCGCCUGCCGUCGUCGAGCGCAACCAGACGCAGUUCCGCGACCCCAAGGUGUUUUGGGACGACAAGUCGUCGCGAUGGAUCAUGGCGCUCGCUCUGUCGCAGGAGUUCGGCAUCGUCUUCUACGCCUCGUCCAACAUGAAGGACUGGUCCGAG